UCCAAAUUUGGGGAGCAAAGGCAUUUAUUUCAGGCCUGGCUGACGCAAACUCAUAGGACCGGCCCCGAGAAUGCGCGCCUCACAGACUAAGCACACUAAAUUUAAGCACAAAAACCACAGAAAGAGGCGGGUAUGGGGUGAUUAUUAGUGGCAGCUUUGGAUUGGGGAACCAAACUCAAAGAUUGAGGUGUUUCUACUUGAUUGGUAUAGGAAAGCAGAUCAAACAGCUGACGCAUUGCUCUACAAUACAAGGACAGCUGGUUUUUUAUCAUGUCCUUUUAAGGGAACAUUAUUUUGGUGUAACACAACAUGUUUAUCAGCACAGCAUAACAGUCAGGUCACAAAGACUUGAGAGAAAUUUCACAGCACAACUUGUUUAUCAUGGCUACUCAGGCGCAUACAGAACAGCAAUGUGGCGCAAUAGCUAGGUUAUAACACUCUCUUCCCCUACAAACACAGGGUGGGGGUGGGGAGAAGCAAAAGAAACAGAGCUCACUGUCCUGUGUUCUCUACGUUGUCCUUCAUCUGUAUUAUGCCACUGUGUGUUAGUUACUUGAUUCUAUCAAGCCUUGAACUCCAAGUCAUUGGAAGGCACAUGUUACCAUUUGCUCACUGUUUUUUUCUUCAUUCAGCAUUGGGGUUUGAUACCAUAACUUAGUAUGUGCUAGGCAAGCGCUCUACCACCGAGCUCCAUCCUCAGCCUACAUCAGACAUUUAGAAGGUCAAGGAGUGUAAGGAAAGCGUAUGGGAGCGGUGGGGAAGGAACAGACAUACAGGACCAUGUUUAUCGGGGAAAGUUUAUAGGAACGAUGACAGACCAUAGAGGUGAAAAUAAAACACAUGGCUCCACUCUUACUACAAACAUCCCAUUCAUCAGCGUUUUCUCGGAUCCCAUUGCUUCUUUAAAACUGAGACGGACUGGGUCUGACUGGCCAAUCAGAGCGCAGCUUUCCACAGUCGCGAGAACCGCUGGAGCCAAUGAGAGACUGAGGCGCUUCGGUGGGGUGAGACUUGCUGCCUAGGAGCGGCAUUCCGAGAGACUCCGACGCGAUUGGGAGCUUCACUUGAUUGGCAGUGAACAGUCGUCGGUUUUAGAGCGGAAGAAUUGCCUGAAGCCUGCGAAGGGGAGGGAGAGGUAGGCGGGGCGAUGGAGCUGAAGUUAGCCAAUGGAUGAUGCAGUACGGGUAGGCGGAAGGGUAAAGCACCAUUGACGGCGCGGACGUGGCACGUGGGCGGGGUUUAGGUGCAAAGUACUCCAGGAACGGCGUCUCUGAGUGUCGUCCUCAGCGUCACGCUCGGCGCCUCCUCCCGGCUUCAUUCAUUUAUUCCUUUUUCUUUUUUUUUCAUUCACGGAGAUAGUGAGGCCCGGUCCGAAGCCAUGGAAGGCGCUCUCUCAGCUGCCGGCUUCCUGUACUGGGUGGGCGCGGGCACCGUGACUUACCUGGCCCUGCGCGUCUCGUACUCGCUCUUCACGGCCUUCCGACUCUGGGGUGUGGGUAACGAGGCGGAGGUCGGCCCUAGGCUCGGUGAAUGGGCAGUGGUCACAGGUAGCACUGAUGGAAUUGGAAAAUCAUAUGCAGAACAGUUAGCAAAGCGUGGAAUGAAGAUUGUCCUGGUCAGCAGAUCACAGGAUAAGCUGAAUCAGGUUUCCAGUGAGAUAAGAGAAAAAUUCAGAGUGGAGACAAGGACCAUUGCUGUUGACUUUACAUCAGAGGAUAUUUAUGAUAAAAUUAAAACAGGCCUGGCCGGUCUUGAAGUUGGUGUUUUAGUUAACAACGUGGGGAUGUCCUAUGAGUAUCCUGAAUACUUUUUGGAAAUUCCUGACUUGGACAAUGUCAUCAAGAGACUGCUAAAUAUUAAUAUUCUUUCUGUUUGUAAGAUGACACGGUUGGUGCUGCCUGGCAUGGUAGAAAGAUCUAAAGGCGUGAUUCUAAAUAUCUCCUCUGCCAGUGGAAUGUCCCCAGUUCCGCUCUUGACCAUCUAUUCUGCAACCAAGGCUUUUGUAGAUUUUUUCUCUCAGUGCCUCCACGAGGAGUAUAAGAGCAAGGGCAUCUUUGUGCAGAGUGUUCUGCCAUUCUACGUUGCUACAAAACUGGCUAAAAUCCGAAAGCCAACUCUGGAUAAGCCCUCUCCAGACACGUUUGUGAAGUCUGCGCUUAAUACAGUAGGCCUGACGUCUCGCACCUGUGGAUACCUGGUCCAUUCUCUUAUGGCUUUACUCACCUCAGCCCUUCCUUCUUGGAUUUACUUUAAAAUAACCAUGAGUGUGAACCAUUCCGUGCGAGCUCGCUUUCUGAAGAAGAACAAGAAGAACUAAGCACUGAUACCUGCAUUGAGAACUUGGCCAGAUGCUUCUGCCCUGCAAGGUGCCCCGCCUGUCCCCAGAACCUGUGGUUGUCCUUUCAGUAGUGAACUGGCAUGGCUGAGCAUUGCCACAUUGGGAAGGAGACAAAAGUUGCUCUUAGGAGUUCCUGACAUAGUCUGAUACCACUUGGAAAAAUUUUGGAGCGUAAUGUAAGUGCUCAUAUCAAAUGGACAUAGAACAGGUAUUACCAAGAACAACUUCACGAUUAUAACAAAUCACAGGGUGACAAGAGACAGACGUAAAAUUCAGUAGUUUCAUCUGGUCCAAGAUGCUAAUGAUCAUUAUACUUACAUUUUCUCAGAAAUAUAUUAGAAAACAUAA